AUGCCCGGCAGAUCCAACGAAAAACCUGGAGACGCUUGGUCAGCUCUCAAACGAUUACAGCUGAAGCUUCAGCAACGUGCAACCAAGCGGUCUGCGUACUCGCUGCGUAUGUCUGAGGUCAGCCCUACGCUGGCAGGGACUGCGAGACACUCAGAUCUCCAUGCCUGGCCGCCGCGCAGUACUCACCGUGGCAGCCAUACACGACCACAUCGCAGUGCUCCCCACCAAGACCAAACCCAAGAAACUGGUCUUCCAAGGCUCCUGAUGGAAAACCGUACACAUAUCUCUUCAAGGGGCUGGAAGAUCUGCACCUUGACGAGAGGAUCAUGCAGUUCUUAG